UCACAAACAGGUGUUUUCGCGCCAUGCUAGUUGUCAUGGUGACAGAACAACCGGUACAAACUCAGCCAAAUUACCAAGCCAUUUCAGACCAGUUCAAAUACGAAGCCGGACAUUGGAGGCCUCAAACAGCUUGAGUUAAGCAUGCUUUCAGUCUUGCGAGGAUAAAGAUAUCAACCCACAGUGGAAGCAUAUGUAUCCACACGCCACUCCGCCGGUAACACAGAUGAUGACAUGAAAGUCCAGGUCGGUGGGCUUUUGCCCUGCUCGCCCAACUAUUCAUCUUUUAAUGAAGACAAGGGGAAGUUGGAGGAUAAAGUAGUGAAGGAGUUUGACGUGAAGGACCCUUCUCACAAGAAAAAGGAUGUGACUGGUAUGCUUCCACUACCCAGAACCAACCAGGUGGUUUUUGAGUACUUGUCAGGAAGAGCUGUGCCUCAUCUCAAAGAGCCUCACCAUCUGUAUGGUUUGUCUGGCAAUGUGUCCCAGACACUGCCACGCUGGCCUCUUGAAUGUGAGGUAAUCUUAGGAGAAGUCUUUCAUGUUGAGUGGGCUCCUCCCUUCCCAGAGCGUCUGUGUUCUAAGGUCAACACGAGUUAUUGGCUGAGAUCCCCAGAAGAGAAGGAAGGCACCGUUGUAUACAACACACAAGGAGACCAGGAGAACUACUUUUCUGGUUCUCGUGUGGGUAGGGGCUGCCUGUCCUCUCUCUCCCCUGCAGCAGUGUCCCUCAAUGGGCCUGAUGACUCCACUUUGCUGUUUGAAGGCCGGUUUGAGAGUGGUAAUCUGCUGAAAGCUGUGAAAGUUGGUGAAUUUGAUUAUGAGCUUUCUCUGAGGACCGACCUUUACACAGAGAAGCACACCCAGUGGUUUUACUUCCGGGUGCAAAACACCCGAGUAAGGGAGCAAUACCGCUUUACCAUUACCAACCUGCUUAAGGUGACAAGCCUAUAUGAAGAGGGCCAGCUUCCCCUGCUGUACUCAGUGGAGAAAGCCAGGCUCCAGGGAGUGGGCUGGCACAGAGUGGGUCAAGAAGUAUCCUACUACCGCAAUGGCCGCCAGCAUUCAGGUCAGCCCUGCUACUCCCUAGCCUGGACUUUCUUCUUCCCCUAUGACCAGGACACCUGCUACUUUGCCCACUGUUACCCCUACACCUAUUCCAACCUGUGGGCCUACUUAUCAGAGAUCGAGCGCGACCCUCGACGCUCACGUUUCUGUAAGGUCCGGACCCUGUGUCGCUCCCUAGCAGGGAACCUAGUUCCUGUGCUGACGGUGACCAAUCCAUCCAAGAAAGUGGAAAAGGAUGGCACAAAUAAGCCCGCUGUAGUUCUAACUGCACGCAUCCACCCUGGAGAGACGAACAGCUCGUGGGUGAUGAAGGGAAUCCUCAACUUUCUACUGGGGGACUCGCCGGAUGCCACUGUGCUCAGAAACGCCUUUGUAUUCAAGCUGGUACCCAUGCUGAAUCCAGACGGCGUCAUAGUGGGGAACUACCGCUGCUCCUUGACAGGCAGGGAUCUGAACCGCAACUACAAAUCCAUCCUGAGGGACUCCUUUCCCACCGUUUGUGCUACACGCACCAUGAUCCAGAGAUUGUCUGAGGAACGUAAAGUACUGUUAUACUGUGACCUCCACGGACACAGUCGUAAACAGAACGUCUUCAUCUACGGCUGUGAGAACUCCCGUCUGACUGACAGGCAUCCACAUGAACGUGUUUUCCCACUGAUGCUAAGCAAAAACUGCCCAGACAUGUUCACUUUCCAGAGCUGUAAGUUCAAGGUGCAGCGCAGUAAGGAAGGGACAGGCAGGGUGGCUUUCUGGAGGCUGGGUGUCCUCAAUAGCUUCACCCUAGAAACCUCCUUCUGUGGCUCCAGCAUUGGGAAGAGGAAGGGAACCCAUUUCAGCACUAAGGACCUAGAGAUGUUGGGGGCUCACUUCUGUGACACAAUACUGGACUAUUGUGACCCCGACAGGACCAAGUACAGUGUGUGUGUGAGAGAGCUGCAGGAGAUGGUGAGACAUCAAGCUGGCUUGUCUGUGGACACUGAGCCUACAGAUGCUUCACUAUGUGAUGUCAGCACCAGUGGCUCCAACAGCUCAGAUUCUGAUGGGCCUCCUGUGCAUCGUCAAACUUUCAGUAAGGUAUUGAGUCUUAAGAAGCUGAAGUCCAAAAAGGAGAGGAACAUGUCAAAUAUUUUGCGAGGUCGAGAGAUACAAGAGAAAAGGAAGAAUGAUGUCAAAGAUACCCUGGAGAAAGGCAACGGAUUAAAGCCUCUCAAGGCUUCUACUGUGAGACUAUCAAAAUGGACGGACAAACAACUUCCCGUUCUGGAGUCUAGCCACCCAGACAAGAAGGUGUCAGUACUCUACCUAGUCUUUAAUACUGAUAGGAGUGCCAUGACAUCAAAGUCUGAAUAUCUACAGCACAUAAUGGAGAAUUAUGUAAGGAGCCGGCUGCAGUUAACUCUCGGACAGACCUUCAAUGGCUAUGACUGUGGGGUUCUGAACAGCCCUCGUGCUUCAAGACUGCCCCAACAUUGUGUGCCCUCCUACCUACGGCCCACAUUGCCCCCCUCACAGCUGCCACGGGAUCGCCGAUCUAGACCCAGGAGACUGCCAGGCCUGGCUGAGUUUGCUGCAGGAGACAAGACCAUUGGAAGACUAUCCCCGGUCCAAUGGAGAAGCCCCAAAUUAUUCACAGCCCCUGAAAAUCUACAGUUGAAGUCCAUCAGAUCGGAGCCAUCCUCAGAGUCUGAGAGGGAGACUAUUCCUGAGGAGGUGACUGUUGGUAAUAGGUCAAUUGAGAUGGACUGGCUCUUUCUACCCUCAUGCCCUUUAUUUGACCAUGUUGAUGGUGGUUUCCAAAGACUAAAACACAACAAGAAGAAGAGCAAAACUGGGAAAUCUAAAGGAAAGUUUUGAAGCGCCUACAGACUGGAAACUCCCCAAUAUCU